CUCCAACGACGGAUACAACCCUACAUAGACAGGGAAGUAAAUCUACCAGGUUCCCCUCGUCUCACUUCUCUCUGUAUGGUCGUCGAUAAGGUUGGCUGAAAUAUUGGCUUGGUCCCUGCAAGUUCUGGCCGUGGAUAGACCGGAAGGAUCAUCUUGCGAGUGCAGUCGUACAAAUACUAGAGCAAGAGCCCGGCUUCUCAUGUAGCUUGCGUUGUUGCUCAGAAUCUGUCUUACUUGCUCAUUCUAAAUAAGUGAGCGCCUGGAAACUUUCAAGCAGGAUGCGGAAUCAUAUGGCAGCCGGGUGGUUUUAUUCCUCCGAACAGAUAGCACGCUAUUUCGGCACUCGAUUCACGAGUCUGAAGCCCCCCAAGACGAAAUUGCGUAACCCAAUUCAUGUGCUCAAAGACCUUGACCGCCACCAAUGGCUCAUGUUCUCUGUGGGCUUCCUCGGAUGGACCUGGGAUGCGUUCGACUUCUUCACGGUCGCUCUCUGCGUGACGGAGAUCGCUACUGAAUUCGAGACAACCAACUCAGCUGUGUCCUGGGGCAUUACUAUUACCUUGAUGUUACGAUUUGUAGGCGCCCUCAUAUUCGGCAGCUUGUCAGAUCGAUAUGGGAGGAAAUGGACAAUGAUCACCAACCUUUUUCUGUUCAUUAUUUUCGAGCUCGCUUCCGGAUUCGCCCAGUCUUUGCCUCAGUUCCUCGGCGUUAGAGCGCUCUACGGUAUAGCAAUGGGGGGUCUUUAUGGACCGGCCGCAGCCACCGCGCUAGAAGACCUCCCGUAUGAUGCUAGGGGGCUGUUGUCUGGUUUGUAUCAGCAGGGCUAUGCUGUUGGAUCGAUAUUGGCAACAAUAUUUUACCGAGCACUGGUACCUACGACUACUCAUGGCUGGAGAUCUUUGUUUUGGUUCGGUGCUGCUCCCCCCGUUUUGAUUAUCGCAUAUCGGUGGUGGCUACCCGAGACCAAUGCUUCGCAAGUCAUGAAAGCGGCACGCGAAUCCGCGAUGGCACAAGGCUCAGAGGUUACUACAAUGAUGAGUGCAAAGGCUUGGUUACGAGACGUGAAGGUAUCACUCAAGGAGAACUGGUUUUUGUUCAUCUACCUCAUUGUCUUGAUGACUGGGUUUAAUUCUUGUUCUCAUGGAUCGCAGGACUUAUAUCCCACAUUCUUAAAAAACCAGGUUGAACUGGGCCCGACCGAUGUGACUAUCAUAAGCGUGAUUGGACAGAUAGGCGCUAUAAUAGGAGGCAUAACGAUCGGUUAUACGAGCACGUUCUUCGGUCGAAGGCUCAGCAUGAUUACUUGUUGUAUCAUAGGCGCCGCCGUUCUGCCCGCUUAUACAAUACCCAGAUCAACGAAGCUCGCUGCUAGCGCGUUCUUCUUGCAGUUCUUCGUUGGAGGUGUCUGGGGCCCCAUCCCCAUCUAUCUGACCGAGCUUUCGCCACCGGCACUUCGGACCACCGCUGUUGGAGUCACCUACCAGCUUGGUAAUCUAGCUUCGUCAGCAGCAGCUACCAUUCAAGCCACGAUCGGUGAACGAUUUCCCCUGCCUCCUAAGGACGGCGUACACAGGUAUGACUACGGCAAAGUCAUUGCUGUAUUCAUGGCUGCUGUAUGGGUUUACAUGCUCGUAUUCCUGCUACUGGGUCCAGAGAUGAGUCAAGAGGAGAGGGAUGAGUACGCGGCUGAAGCACAUCACAUUGAGAGGAUGCGAAAGGAAGGCGUCAAUUUGUCUGAGAUUGGGGCUAAUAAGGCCAAGAUGACAGUCCUGGGUGAUGAAUCCUCUCGCCCCAUUACUUCAGAGAAGCCCAUAGAUGUUGAGCACGUUGAGUAGUGGCUUGAGGGUGGUUGGCGAUUUGCUUAGGUGAAUAGUUAAUGGAGCGACACCAUGGCUUUUCCUUGGACACUUAAGGGAGACAGGCGCGAUAAUUUCUGAGGUUAGCAAACAUGUAAUGGCUACCAGGAGUAAGGAGGUUCCCUUUGUUUCGAAUAAAUCACAGUUUAGGUACUGGUGUCAGACUAGCUUACCCAUCCAUUCUAUUAGUUAUUGUCAUGAUUAUACCAUGUUGCGUCUUCUUUUCAAUAAUAGGAUGAACAAGAUAAACAAAAGAUUAUACCACCAA